UAUUUAGUAUUUUUCACAAGAUUAAUAUGAGUCUCUGAUUCUUUUACAUAGUUUCGUUUGGAACGCAAGAAAAACAGCGCCUAUUUUCUUGCACCAUCUUCAUUCUCAGACUUAUUUGCUUGCCACCCAUCAAAGAUUUUCUUGUUUCUUCAAUUGGGUGUCUUGAAUUAAAUAGGAGAUUUUGGAUUCUUUUUGACCAAAAGGAUUUCGAGUAUAAUACACUUUUGUUUAAUUUGAUAGAAGAAUUGUAUUAAUGGGAACUUCUGAAGCAGUUCUGCAAGUUUUGUCUGGGGCUGUACCUCGUCUAUUUCAUAGUGACUCAUGUUUUAGCACGUCAGAUUCAAUAUAUGCUUCUAAAUUCCGUUUAAAAUGUUCGAGGAGAAGGGCCUCAAGGUAUCUGCAGUUUCUCAAGUGUUCAAGUGUGCUGCAGUAUGGAGUUGGAGGGAUAGGAAGUGGUGUUCCCAAUAAAAAAGCUGAUCCUUCUUCGCUUCAAAUUUGCAAAUGCCAAAAAUCCGAGAGUGUAAGUGGGGUAACUACGGAAGAUGGAAAUGGGGCAUGGUUUGUUGACAAUGCAAAGAACUUAAAUCCCAUUAAUGGUAUGGUGAAUGCGCCAAAUGUUCUGGAGUUUCAGGAUCUUCAACAUUUGAAACAAGAAAAUGAGGGUUUGAAAUCUAACAGUGCAAAUGGUACACUAAGAGAUACCUUUCACAAGAUUAGUGUUGAUUCCAUUGAGGAUGAAGCAUGGGACCUACUCCGGGAAUCUGUGGUGUAUUAUUGUGGUAGUCCUAUUGGAACAAUAGCUGCAAAGGACCCGACAAGUUCCAACACGUUGAAUUAUGAUCAAGUUUUCAUACGGGAUUUCAUACCUUCUGGUAUAGCUUUCUUAUUGAAGGGGGAGUAUGAUAUUGUUCGGAACUUCAUCCUUCAUACACUUCAGUUGCAGAGCUGGGAGAAAACAAUGGAUUGUCACAGUCCUGGUCAAGGGUUGAUGCCAGCUAGUUUCAAGGUGCGUACAGUUCCCUUGGAUGGUGAUGAUUCUGCAACAGAAGAGGUAUUGGAUCCUGACUUUGGAGAGGCAGCAAUUGGCCGUGUCGCACCGGUUGAUUCUGGAUUAUGGUGGAUUAUUUUAUUACGUGCCUAUGGAAAAUGCUCUGGGGACCUGUCUGUUCAGGAGAGAGUUGAUGUGCAAACAGGAAUUAAAAUGAUUUUAAGGCUAUGUAUUGCUGAUGGUUUUGAUAUGUUCCCUACGUUAUUAGUGACAGAUGGUUCCUGCAUGAUAGAUCGGCGAAUGGGAAUUCAUGGUCACCCUCUAGAAAUACAGGCACUUUUUUAUUCAGCGUUACUUUGUGCUCGUGAAAUGCUUGCUCCUGAGGAUGGAUCAGCUGAUCUUUUGCGGGCACUGAACAAUCGUCUAGUAGCUCUGUCAUUCCAUAUUAGAGAGUAUUAUUGGGUUGAUAUGAAAAAACUAAAUGAGAUUUAUCGUUAUAAGACUGAGGAGUACUCAUAUGAUGCAGUUAAUAAGUUCAAUAUAUACCCAGAUCAGAUUUCUCCUUGGUUGGUGGAAUGGAUGCCCAAUAAAGGUGGCUAUCUAAUUGGAAACUUGCAACCAGCUCACAUGGAUUUUCGAUUUUUUUCUCUAGGAAACUUGUGGUCUGUUGCGAGUGGUCUGGCAACAAUGGAUCAAUCACAUGCCAUAUUGGAUCUCAUUGAAGCCAAAUGGGCAGAUUUGGUAGCUGGUAUGCCGCUUAAGAUUUGUUAUCCUGCUCUUGAAGGUCAGGAGUGGCAGAUUAUCACAGGCAGUGAUCCUAAGAACACGCCUUGGUCCUACCAUAAUGCAGGUGCUUGGCCAACUUUGCUCUGGCAGCUCACAGUUGCUUGCAUAAAGAUGGAUAGGCCAGAAAUUGCUGCUAAAGCUAUUGAGGUUGCUGAGAAACGCAUAUCACAAGAUAAGUGGCCUGAAUAUUAUGACACUAAAAGAGGAAGGUUCAUCGGAAAACAAUCACGCCUGUUUCAGACCUGGUCAAUUGCAGGAUACCUUGUGGCAAAGCUCCUGCUUGCUGAUCCAAGUAAAGCCAAGAUUCUUAUAACUGAAGAGGAUUCUGAACUGGUCAAUGCCUUCUCUUGCAUGAUUAGUGCGAACCCAAGAAGAAAGCACGGUCGGAAGAAUUUGAAACAGACAUAUAUAGUAUGAGUAUUCUAUAGUCAUAUUGACUAGGUGCCAGACAGUUUACCUGCAUGCAUAUAAAUCUGGGUUUAAGUAUUUGCCAAUUAACAUUUUAAUCUAUCAAAGUUCUAUGAUUCUUUGAUAAUUGGCCAACAGUAUGAUAAUUCUUUAUUAAAUGGGGUGGGAAAGCUGAACUUGUUGCAAAGGCCUUUCCUGUGAUAUUUAAUUGUAAAGAUUAUGUAGCCUAAUUUAGGAAAUUAGGUGGUACUUAAUUACUCUAUUGAACACACAGACUGUAAUUUUAAACUUCUAUGUAUCAUAAAUAAAAUUAAUUAUAUUGUCUUUGGGAUUC